AUGUUUUGGGAGGAGGAAAAGAAACUCGGUGAAACAAAAGAGGAAACAAUCGAGUCCUACAUUUCUGCCAAUAAGUUGACUGAUAUUUUGGAACUUCCGUACACACUGCAAGAGUUAUGGGGAGGAAACAAGAAACUUAUAGAGUAUUUCUGUCGUGAUGAUGUGCUCAUUAGUCUCGCCAAUUUUGCUCUUCGGCCGAAUAUUGACAUGUCGCAACCGAUCAAGUGCCAUUACAAGCUUCCCAAUGCAUGCGCGGAAAUUUUGACGGUGCGCAACAAUAAUGAGAUUACAAAUGCUUUUUUGGAGUGUGAAGAUGCUCUAAAAGCCGUGAAAGAAUUCUUCGAUAGUAAGUCGCCACCAAAUCAUUUGUUAUGUGGAUUUUACAUGAGAAUUGUGCAGCAUUUGUUUCAUCGUUCGGUGGACAAGGCGUUGGGAAUACUUUCGCCAUGUGAUUUCAUAUCUAAAUGUGCUGCCAAUUUGCGAAUGGGCGCUGUGAGCGAAUUAUUGCAGAAUAUUGUUUGGAUACCUCAAAUAGCGGAGGAUUUCUUGAAGAUAAAGCAGUGGUACGUGGAGAAUGGACUCUGCAAGAAGCUUGUGGAGCAACUUGCACCGGACCAGCCUUUAUGUGUGCACGAGAAUGUUAUGGAAGUCUUCUCAAAUCUAGUUCGAAACACGAGAGAUCAAAUGUAUGCGCUCGAUAUCAAAAGUGAUGUUCUGAAUGAUGAAUUACAAUCGGAGAGUCUCGUCCAGGAACUUCUAGACAAAAUGCUAUUGCGGAACGAAAAUGGCAUCCUUUCAACAUCUGUUACCCGGAAUGUCUGCGAGAUUCUCAUAGCACUAUUAAGUUCAAAUCACAUACUUUUCCGGCCAAGCCACACUCUGUACAAAGAGUUCAACGCAGAGAUACCUUGGGUGGGCGGAAACCCUUCGGCGGUCUUAGAUGGGGUAACAAGUGAGAUUGCCAAGGAAGGAGUUGAAAGGUUGUGGUGCCCUGACUCCGAGCGAACGGUUGAAAAAAUAGCGUCAGCCAGAGUGUCGGAAAUGGUUCAACUAAUUAUUGAAGACCUUGAGUCCAACUCCGAUCGUGAAGAUGAAAUUUGGUCAUAUGUUCUCCGAGUGAUAAUAGAGCUAUGCGAUACGAAUCGCUUGGAAACCCAUACCGCUCUUGUGGAGCAAUUUGAAAAAAGCGACAUUAAAAAGCUUUUCUCACUAGUGUGGAGUCACCCGCGUUGUUCAAUUUUCCAUGGCUUUCUGCAGCGAAUUAUUUCUUUCAUACUCUAUUCUUCUACCCAAAAUGAAUCUCCUGCUAUUACCUAUUUGUUCAAGACUUUAAACUUGCCUGAAAUCAUACGUUUUGGCGUUGAUCCAAGAUGCGUUCUCAAAAAGAUCGACCUAUUCUCUCUCCGCACACAUCAUAUUCAUCUGGCACUUGCAGUUGAGCAAGCAAUGAAAUCAUCUCCUAAUGCUCGAAUAGUUCAGAAAUUAGUCCAGGAGUGCUCUUUCUGGCCAGAAAUCUUACCAAAGGUGGACGACUGGCUGAGCUGGAAUCUGCCGGAUCCUGAAGUAGCUAAUGUUCGUCCGUUGAUUCAGCAUGACACUAUAGAUGAGGCACUAGAUGAAUUUGAGCGGCAAAUCGUUGGUCCUCAGCAACAUGUUCUGUAUGAGUUCAAGACACAGACAGUUAGCGUUCCGAUGACUGAUGUUUUUGACACUGCUCUGGGUGAACUGCAAGUGAGUUCGGAGACAAAGGGGUUCGCAGUUCACAAUCUUCGCGUAUGUAAAGUGGAUAUGAAUUUGGAAGAGAAUGACGUGGACGAAAGUGAUUUUGAAGCCAUGUGUGACAUGAAGAAGUCAUCAUUGCUGGGUGAUUGGCCUAUGCAGGACGGAGAUCGGUCAGCACAGCUGGUAGCGCCUGAUGAUGACUGGGUUGGAAUGAGGAAGUCGAACGGUAGCAUGGCUGAUGAUUGGCCGGGGAUGAGCACUGGGAUGAAAGGCGAGCAAAACACCGAGUUUCAAGUGCAGUGGGAUCAGGCCCCGGCAGCGAGCACUUCCGGAAACUGGUCUUGCUCUCCACAAGAUAGCAGCACACCAAGAAAAGUCAUGAAUGAUGAAGAAUGGGCGGACUUCUCAAAGCUGAAGACAGAUCAAGACAUGCCAAAAUGGCGAUACAUAUGCAAAGUUGGCGAAAAAAAUUUCCAGUGA